AUGGACGAGCAAGCGGCGAGGGAGCUGGAGGUGGUAUCGCACGAGAUGCGGACGUUCCUGAGGGAGGACGUGGAGAGGAUCUGCAGGGAGGCGAUGGAGAUGGUGAACGAGGUCAGCAUGCACCUCAAGUGUACCGAGCUGUACAAGGACAAGGACGGGGGUUUGGUGGCGGCGGAGGAGGGGAGCAUGCUAUUUCUCGAGAGCGACGACAAGACUGUGGUCGGCUCGUUGCGCAUCUCAGACUGCCAUGUCCACGACUUCGACGUGAACGUCAGGUUCCCCAAGUACAACAAGGGAGGCAACAUGCAGUUCACCAUCGCGCACAAGUUCACCUACACCCUCCGGCAGAUCCAGGACGCGCUCCACUACAUCGAGAGGGCAGGAGGCAUGCUCGUUCACCUGCCCCACCUGGAGGGAGCAGGUGAUCCGACAUGGAGAGAGCUCCUCCCUUACAUGCGCAAGAUCACCAAGGUAUGCUCCGACAUCGUCGAGCUGCUGCUCAAGGCCGUGACUGAGCUGAACGACUGGAGCACUAGGGCCCUCCCGUCCCUCCCGCAGAACUGGUUGCGGAUGGAGCCUGCGCUACCAUCCGACCUUCUCCUCCAGGCAGCGCCGCGAGCUCGCUGCUCCAUCCUCACGUCCUUCGUUGCAGAUGUACCUCAGAGGCUCCACCCUCACCCUCCGCGUCUGCAUCCUCGCCAUGCAUGCCAAAUGCCCGUCUAA